AUGACGAGACUCCUUCAAGGCGCCGGGCUCUUCGCUCUGGCCCGAGGCGCUCUUGCAGCGCCGUAUGUGUCCGAGGCCCAGACAACUGUCAGCGCCGAGGCAACAUUCACAAACCCGGCCAUUCCUCACGCCAACGUGACCUCACAUGGUCCGUACGAGGGCACGCCGACGACGACGGGGGCCCUAUCGACCAAAGUACUUGCGCCAUCGAUCGAGCCCCUACCUCCCGGCCCCGACGCUUACAAGUAUCCCGCUGACGGUAAGCUGCAUGGCGACCAGCCGGCACCGUACACCCCGUCCGGCGGCAUCGGCACCAACGGGUCGGCGCCUGUCUACCGCGUCAACAGCGACUUCGACUAUCAAUCCCUCUCAUUGGCGCUCUUCCAGGAGUGGAUUGAGCUCGACCUCUUCCACUGGGGUCUUGCCACCUUUUCCGAGGAGGAGUUUGACGCCUACACCUCACGGCCGAGGACCGUUACCUGCUCCAGUUCAUGGCCGAGCAGGAGCGGCCUGUUCCCCAUGCCCGUGUGGUUCGAAGUCGGCAUCCCGCAGUCCUGGGCGUGGACCCUGCUGGCGCCGUACAUCUCGAGCUGCCCUGCCGACACCCAGCGCCUCAUCUGGCAAAACUUCCCGUUGCUGCACAUCCUCAACCAGCCGAACCCGGCCCGCAUCGACGGCGCCAACGUCUGGAACGAGACGACGGGCGGCUACGCCAACACACUAUCGACGGCUGAAAUUGAGCCCGAGGACGCCUGCAUCAACGCCACCGAGGUCGGCGAGUUCUGCGGUGCUGCCAUCUCCCGGAACCGCACCACGCCGCUUUCCUACCCGGGCCGCCAGGUCUUCCUGCAGUGGGACGCCCCCGGCUCUCCCGUCGGUCCCAACAACAGCUACAUCACGGCGACCGAGGUGCGCGAGCCCAAGUUCGCCGCCUGGGUGUCGCAACUCAAUGUCACCUACUCGCCCCUGCUGAACGUCAGCCUCGAGGACCGUACGGCGUACACCAUUCAGCCCAACGUGUCGACCAUUGAGGGUGAUCCUGCCCUAAACGGCACCCUGUUCCUCGCGCUGACGGACGAGCCGCUCUACGUGACGCCUUACAACCUGACGCAGAUCAACCCACAUGUUGCCGCCCUGGCUUUGUACCAGGCUGGUUGA